UUCAAGAUCGUACCAUUGUUUACAUUUGUUUAUUGUUUACUAUUCAAAUUUCGUGUUUUAUAUAUUUUUUUGUGAAAAAUCUGUGCGUAGAAGCUUGUAAGGAAUAUUUUUUAUCGAAUCAGAAUAUAUUCUCUGUAAUGGGACGUAUAAAGUGUUUUAUUUGUGGAGUUUAUAACCACAAUAAAAAUAAAAUCGUAUCCUUCCACAAAUUUCCUUGCGAUGGAAAUAGGUUGAAAAUUUGGUGUGAUAAGUUAGGUCGUUCAACAAGCGAUAUACAAUCAAACUCCUUUAUCUGUUCAUUACAUUUUUCACCUGAGGAUUUUAUAUACUAUGGCAAACCGAAACGUGUCCGUCUAACCAAUACUGCUGAACCUACUCGUAAUGUUGAAAAGUUUGAAGAAAAUACUCACCUAACUAAUCCUGCUCAUUCUAUUAAUAAUGUUGAUAGGUAUGAAGAAACUGCUCGUAUACCCAAUUUUGCCCAACCUAUUUGUAAUGUUAAUAGGUAUGAAGAAAGUGGUCAUCUAACAAGUUGUGCUAAGCCUAAUUAUAUUGUUGAUCAAUAUUAUAGUCAGCCUAUUUGUAGUGGUAAUAGGUAUGAAGGAACUACUCAUCUAACCAAUUGGGUCGAGUCAGUUUAUAAUGCAGAUGGGUGUAAGGAAUCAGGUAACCAUGACAGUGAAACGGAAUCUUCAUCACCUUUAUGUUUGAGCAAACAAGGAUAUAAUAGUCAAAUUGACGACAGCCCUAACAUACGAAAUCUACCACCCAUGAUACCAAUAAAAGAGGAAUGGAACUUAUCUGAUAUCUCAGAUACGUCAAGGACACUCUCAGUUUCAGAUCUAUCCAGAACUUUGUCAGCUUCAGAUGGGUCGUGCAAUUUGACAGGUUCAGAUAAUGAUGAAGAUUUUGUACCAGUUUUAAUGGGAUCUCAUUCCACUCCAGACCAAGAAAAUAGAAGUAGUCAACCUGACCCAGUAGAAAAUGUACACCUACCACCUGCAAAAAUGCGAAAAAAAACUAUACGGUACUUUGGAGACAUAACAUAUGAAUCUUUAAAAAAUCCUAGUACUACAUCGCAUUGUUGGAAAAUAAUUCAAAGCACACAUGAAAAUCAGAAAACUGAAAUUAAAAGGUUACAGGUAAAAUCAAGGAGAUUAAAGAACAAAAUUUCGUCGUUAGAAGCUCUUACUAAAGAUUUGAAGCAGGAAAUUUCAAAUCUCAAGGCGCAAAGAUAUUAAUCAACGGUUCAGUAUUACAAGAAACAUUUAAGAGGCUUCAGUGUGAAAAAAUAUGAACUUAUGUGUUUGCUUUAACAUUAUGUUUUACUCUAAAAAAGCAUUUAAUAUAAGAUUAAAAUUACAUGAAAAAUUUCCAAACACAAGACCUCGCAGAAGAGUACUUAAACGACCAAAUAACAGUCAUGAAGAAAAUUGAGUGGAAAACAUUGUGAUUCUGAGAAUUAACACUGUAUGUCAGUGGGGUGGGCUUGAACAGGCAAGAGAGGACUGAUGAGUCGACCACACGGCAGCGACUUGCCUGAACUGUACCUAUAUGAAUAUAACUUACCUGAUAGAGUGUCUAUAAAAUAUCUAUUGAGUUGUAUUGAAUUUAACUAUGUAUUUUAUUAAAUUUUAAUUAUGUACAUUCA